GGAUAUUAUGUUCUCACUGGGCUGCCCGUUCUCUCCUCCUUCUUCUCCCCAGCAUUCCCAUUAUUUUUAUCCCGCUGUAUCACCUGGGCUGAGCAGAUCUGCUCCGUCUUGAGCGGCGGAUGUGAUCUUGGCCUGCAGUCGCUCGUUUGCUGUUUGUCUUUUUCCCUUGUAUAGGUUUAUUUGCCUUCUAUAUCAUUACCCACUAUGGACCUCCUGGACGGCAUUAUCGACACUGUGUCCGACGCACUCGAGGUGCUAUAUACAGCCGUCGCCGCCUUGACCCAGCAACAGACUAAUGGCCUUUCACUCUUGGGGACUCUGCUAGCCCCGAUCUUGCCCAUUUUCCUCACCAGCAACCCGCUACCGGACGGGUUUCCAUGGGGUACGCUGACGGACUGGGGCAACAAUCCGUAUCGGGACUACCCCAAGACCGGAGUAGUCCGACGCUACGACUUCACCGUGAGCCGCGGCGUCAUUGCGCCCGAUGGAUACCAGCGGGACGUCCUCCUUGUCAACGGCGCCUUUCCGGGGCCUCUCAUCGAGGCGAACUGGGGCGACACGAUCGUCGUGAACGUGCACAACAAUAUCAGCAACCCAGCAGAGGGUACCAGCAUCCACUGGCACGGCUUUCUUCAGCAUGACACUCCCUGGGAGGACGGUGCUCCGGGAAUCUCUCAGUGUCCCGUCCCGCCCGGCAAGAGCUACACAUACGAGUUCAUCGCCAGCCUGUACGGCACGACCUGGUAUCAUGCCCACUACUCGGCGCAAUAUGCUGGGGGGAUCGUCGGGCCCAUCGUCGUCCACGGACCCACAAAGGCGAAGUACGACAUCGAUCUCGGCCCGAUUCUGCUUAGUGAUUGGCACCACAGAGAGUACUUCGACAUCAUCAAGGAAAUGCUCGCCCCCAACGGCAGUCCCAGAGUGGUGUCGGACAACAACCUGAUCGACGGCAAGAUGCAUUUUGACUGCUCGACCGUUGCUUCCGGCGACAAGACGCCGUGCACCAACAAGGCCGGCAUCGCGAAGUUCAAGUUCCAGACGGGCAAGACGCACCGUUUGCGCCUGGUCAACACGGGUGCCGACGGCGUGCAGCGCUUCUCGAUCGACGGCCACAUGCUGACCGUCAUCGCCGAGGACUUUGUCGCCGUGAAGCCGUACAACACCUCGGUGGUCACGCUCGGGGUCGGCCAGCGCGCCGACGUUCUCGUCACGGCCAGCGCUGGCAAGCCCAAGUCCGCUUUCUGGAUGCGAUCCAACCUCACCUCGUGCACCGCAACGAAGCAGCCCUAUGCCGUGGCGGCCGUGUACUACGACCAGGCAGACACUUCGGCGACGCCGUCCAGCAAAGCCUGGAAUGUGCCGGAUCCCGGCACCUGCACCAACGACGACCUCGCCGUCGCGGAACCGCUGUAUCCCAUUGCGCUGCCCGACGCUACCUUCACGCACACCAUGGACAUCGAGCUGUUCAAGAACGCUUCGGACGUGACGCUGUGGAAGUUCAACGGCGUGUCCAUGAGAACGGACUACAACAGCCCCGUACUCCCGCUCGCGGCGCAGGGCAACUUCAGCUACCCGCGCGAGUGGAACGUGGUGAACUAUCACGAGAACACGUCGAUCCGCCUGAUCAUCAACAACAAGUCCCCUAAUGCACACCCUAUGCAUCUCCACGGCCACAACUUCUACGUCCUUCACGAAGGCCCGGGUGCGUGGGACGGCACCAUCGUUCGGCCAUCCAACCCGCACCGCCGGGACGUCGCCCUGGUGCGUGGCAACGGUCAUCUCGUGAUCCAAUUUGAUGGAAGCCCAGGUGUCUGGGCCUUCCACUGCCACGUCGCAUGGCAUGCCUCGGGCGGCUUCUUCGCAUCACUGAUCGUGCAGCGGGACAAGGUGAGGCAGAUGAAGCUUCCGGCGGACGUGGAGCAGAACUGUCAGGCCUGGGCCCAGUGGUCGAAGCACAAUGUUGUCGAUCAGAUUGACAGCGGCGCUUAAAAGGCCCGUUUUGGUGGCCCGCGUUGCUGCGCUGAUGUGAGAGAGAGCGUGAGAGAGAGAGAGAGAGCACUGGGUUUGGAUGGAAAUGUCUUUCAUUGUAUGUUCUCCGAAGGAAAUUGUUCAAGAGGGCUGUUCAGCUUUUGUUUCAUAUGUUGCGUUGUCGUAGAUUGUAGGUGGAUGAAUGUAUUGAAUAUGGUGGAACGGGGAAGAAAAUUGUAUGUGCAUACAAAGAA